AUGGAGGAUCCUUCCUCAAACAAACGUCUCCGAGUCGACUCGGAGUCCGACUCUCCGGAGGUCAAGCGUCUUAAAGACGACCUCCUCGAUCUCCUCGACGGCGCUGAUCCCGAUCCCGUCGUUCAGGAUCUCGAUUCCGUCAUCCAGAGUUUCGCCGACGAGAUCUCCCCGGUUUCUUCUCCGCCGCCGUUGCCGGCGGCUCCCGGUGAGUCGUUGCCUGAGCUCGGGUACCUUCUCUUAGCCUCCGACGAUGAACUCGGUCUCCCACCUUCCGACGCCUCCACCAGUCAAGGCGGUGAGUCGGAGGUCGCCGAACUGACACGUGCGUCGUCGGAGUCGUCCGGGAUGGGAGAGAUUUGGGGAUUUGAAGAUGCGAUUCCGAGCUUCGAGUUGGGGGAAGGAGAGAGAUUCUACAGUGACAGUGAAUAUGUGGCGUUCGAUGGACUGUUUGAACAUUCCGAUGUGUACUCCGUUUUCUCGUGA